CUUUGUGGUAGGCGGGGCUUAUAAAUGACGCAACAGCGGUCAUAAGUGUCACCAGGAGCAUGUGGCUCUGGCGGUCUUCCGUGUUUUUGGGCGUGCUGGGGUGUAGAGGAGUGGUAAGAACCAUGUGUGCACAGGCGAGCGACUGGAAAGCUGCUAAGUCAAUCUAUGAGUUCUCAGCCAAAGAUAUCGACGGCAAUGAGGUGUCGCUGGAUAAAUACAGGGGUUAUGUGUGCAUCAUUGUAAAUGUGGCCUCCAAAUGAGGAAAGACCAGAGUGAACUACACUCAGCUGGCGGAAAUGCACGCUUCCCUGGCUGAGAAGGGUUUACGCAUCCUCGGAUUCCCAUGUAACCAGUUUGGAGGCCAGGAGCCUGGAACUGAGGCAGAGAUUAAAGAGUUUGCCAAAGGAUUCAAUGCAGAGUUUGACCUCUUCAGUAAAAUUGACGUGAAUGGAGACGGCGCUCACCCUCUUUGGAAGUGGAUGAAAGCUCAGCCGAAAGGAAAGGGAACCCUGGGAAACAACAUCAAAUGGAAUUUCACAAAGUUUCUUAUAAGCCGAGAGGGACUCGUGGUGAAGCGGUACGGCCCAACAGAUGAUCCCAGUGUGGUGGAGAAGGAUCUGCCACAGUACCUGUAGUAAAAAUCCAACCAUCCUCUGUGUGCAUGAUCACACAUGGAUCUCUCAUAUAGACUUGAGGUUGUUGGUGUGUGUGGGUGUCUGGACCAAUGACGACCUGUCUAUAAACCCAAAUAUUGGGGAGGGCAGGCCUGAUGACUCAGCGUGCAACUACCCUUCAGACUUCCUAACUACACCAACAUCUUAAGACUAUAUAAAUAAACAUUGCUUAGUGAUCUAUAGCACAACUUUUUACAAAGCCAUUCCUUCUUUGCAACAAAUGCAAUCUUUUGUUUAGUCUCAUAUGAUCAUGCAUUAUGACAGCUUUGUAGUAAGAUGUCAUAAACUGCACUGACGUCUCUAAACUCCUGACGAUGUUUGCACUGAACUCGCAGAUAGAUUAUUGUCACUCAGGUUAUUUUGUCAUAGACAUUUAGCUGCACUUACAGUAUCACACUCAUUGUGUCAGUGUUGUAUUACACAAAGUUACAUCUAGUGAAAAUGAAUUGCAUCUGUUGGUUUGUUGAACAGGUAUUGCGCAUUGUCCCAAAAUAAAAUCAUAGUUAAAGCCUGCCUA